AUCCUUCUGUAAAAGACUAUUGUUCAGAAACAUGUAAAGAAUGUGGAUCAUUUGGAGCAUGUGCUAAACCUGUAAAUUUAGAAGAGUAUUUAGCUCUAGAUUGCUCUAUUCAAAAUAAAAAUAUUAUAGAUUUUUAUACUCAAAUUAUUGCUAAUCAACAAGGUCAUAGCCAAGCAGCAUCUCAGGAAAAUAUACCUGGUGCUGAACCAAAUAAAAAAAAGCAUAAACUAACAAGUAAUCAAGCAACAUUAUCUGAGUUUUUAAAAAGCACUAAACUAACUCCACAAUGUGAAUAUAAUAUUAAUACAGCUUUAAUCAAACCUGGAUAUCAACCACCAUCAAAACAAUUACUU